CCACUCUCACCGCCAGAAAUACCUGACAUCCUCUCCGCUGCGUUCCGCCUGCAAUCCAAGAGGAUCUCCAAAGAUACUGCAGACUCCAACACCUUGAUCCACCACAACGCCGACAACAUGGAGGAGAUUGCACCCGAAUACGAUGUGGUGGUGCUCGGCACUGGGCUGGUCGAGUGCAUCCUGUCGGGAGUCUUGUCGGUCAAGGGCAAGAAGGUGCUGCACAUGGACCGAAAUGACCAUUACGGCGCCGAAGCGGCCUCGCUCAAUCUGGAAGCCAUGUUCAAGCGAUAUGGCAACUACAACAAGGGCGAGGAGCCGUGGAAGAAGUACGGCCGCGCCAACGACUGGAACAUUGAUCUCGUGCCCAAGCUGCUCAUGAGCAACGGCGAGCUCACCAAUAUCCUCGUCUCGACCGACGUGACGCGCUACAUCGAGUUUAAGCUGGUGGCGGGCAGUUAUGUGCAACAGGGCAACGGUGCCAAGGCAACCGUGGCCAAGGUGCCGAGCAGCGCUGCAGAGGCCCUGAAGAGCCCGCUGAUGGGCCUGUUUGAGAAGAGGCGGGCGAAGAACUUCUUGCAGUGGGUCGGCGAGUUUGACGAGAACAAUCCUAGCACGCACAAUGGCAUGAACCUGUCGCAGACCACGAUGAAGCAGGUCUACGACAAGUACGGCCUCGAAGCCAGCACCCGCGAUUUCAUCGGCCACAGCAUGGCUCUUUACCCCACUGACGAGUAUGCGGAGAAGAAGGGCGAGGCCAAGAACUGUGUGGAGCGCAUUCGUCUCUACGUCAACAGCAUGGCCCGCUACGGCAAGAGCCCCUAUAUUUACCCUCUGUACGGCCUGGGAGAGCUGCCGCAGGGCUUUGCUCGUCUCAGUGCCAUCUACGGCGGCACCUACAUGCUCAACGCCAAUGUCGACGAGAUCAAGUAUGAGGGGGGCAAGGUGUCCGGCAUUCGAGCCACCAUGAAAGAGCGAGGAGAGGAGGGCGAAGGCAUGAAGUUUGAGACCAAAUGCAAGCAAAUCAUUGCCGACCCUUCAUACUUUCCGGACAAGGUGCGCGUUGCUGGAUACCUGAUCAAGGCCAUCUGUAUUCUGAAGCAUCCUAUCGAUAAGACGGAUGACGCGGAUUCGCUGCAAUUGAUUAUUCCACAAUCACAGGUGGGCAGGAAGCACGACAUCUACAUCGCCAUGGUGUCGUCGACCCAUAAUGUCUGCCCCAAGGGCUACUACAUCGCCAUCGUCUCCACCAUUGCGGAAACCGACGCCAACCACCACCUCGAAAUUCAACCCGGUCUCGACCGAUUAGGAGCCAUCGAGGAGCAGUUCAUGGGCAAGCCAAUUCCGUUGUACGAACCCAUCGCAGAUGGUAAGGAGGAUAAUGUCUUCAUCAGCAAAUCAUAUGAUGCCAGCUCGCACUUUGAGAGCAUGACGGCGGACGUGAGAGAUUUGUAUGCAAGGAUUGCAGGUGAGCCACUGGUGGUGGAGGGAUUGAAGGAAGGGCAGUCGCUCGAGACUGCAGAGUAAGACAGGAAUCGAGGUUGUAGUAUCAGAUGGAAUAUGGAGAGUGACGACUCGACUCUGGAUACAUGUAUGGUGUUGCUGCCAGGCGUUCCAAGUUGUGUGUAUGUGUUUGCGUGUGCAAGGAAAAGAGAGGGAAGAAGGGUGACGUUAUACCAUGAUAUACUCGUAACAUACCUUCAGCGGUAUUGAAUACAGACGAGAGUGAUGAACGAGAUGAAUGCAUGAUGAUGUCCCCUUUGGACACGACUCUUGUCUCC